AUGGAGCCGGCCCGGCGUGGCAGCGCGGACCAGGGCUCGGCCGCCGCUUUGGGGCCCCGGCCCGGCCCCCCGCGGGGCCCCGCGCCCGCCGCCUCCCCCGCGCGGCCGGCGCCCUUCGGCCCCGGGGGCUCGGCCCGGCCCCACCCCGACGGUGGGGCCCCGGCGGCGCCUUUGCUCGGAGGCGGCCCGGGCGCCCGCAGGAGCUCCCGGCCGGACGCCGCCUGCGACCCCUUCCCCUACGGCUGCCCGCGGCCCGGGGGGGCGCAGCGCGGCGGCCCCGAGGAGCGGGCCCCGGGCCGGGCCGCUCAGCCCCUGCCGCUGGAGGUCGGCCGGGCCCAGCCUGAGGGGGCCGGCGGGCCUCACGCCUUCCCGCUGCCGGCCCUCCUGCCCCCCAGCCCGGGCGCCCCCCCGGCCCGCCCCACCCCGCCGUCCCCGGCGGCACCCGGCCCGGCGGCGGCCCGGCCCGCCUUCCCCGAGCUCGGUCCCCUGGAGCAUGCCGCCCCCGGGAAGCCGCCGCCCGCCGAGCGGAGGGAGAUGCUCCCCAAGGCGGAGUCCAGCGACCACAUCUCGGCCUGGGCGGCCUCCUCGCCCAGGGCCACCGGCCUGCCCAAAGCCGUCUCCAGCGAGUUCAUCGCCGGCGGGCGGGUGGGCCUGUCCAAGCCUGCGGCUCUCCCCAAACCGGAGCCGGACGAGCUCUCACUCUUCGGGAGGUCCCUUGGCCUGCCAAGCUCCAGCGACUCCUGUGACACGCUCCUCGGCUGCUCGGGAAGGGUCCCGGAGGACAGCUCGUUCCGCAUCACAGUGGUCACCUGGAACGUAGGCACAGCCAUGCCCCCAACUGAUGUGACAUCCCUGCUGCACCUCAACACGGGCGAGACAAAUGACGCGGACAUGAUCGCCAUUGGGCUGCAAGAGGUGAACUCUAAGAUAAACAAGCGCCUGAAGGACGCCCUCUUCACAGAUCAGUGGAGCGAGCUCUUCAUGGAUGUGCUGAGCCCCUUCCACUUUGUCCUGGUCAGCACAGUGCGGAUGCAAGGUGUGAUCCUACUGGUAUUUGCCAAGUACUACCACCUCCCCUUCCUGCAGGACAUCCAGACGGACUGCACGAGGACGGGGCUGGGAGGCUACUGGGGCAACAAGGGUGGGGUGAGCGUUCGUCUCUCCAUCUUCGGCCACAUGGUCUGCUUCCUGAACUGCCACCUGCCAGCGCACCUGGAGAAGGCAGAGCAGCGCAAGGAGGACUUUGCUACCAUAUUGCACAUGCAGCAGUUCGAGGGGCGUGCAGCCAGCGGCAUCCUGGACCAUGACCUCGUGUUUUGGUUUGGGGACCUCAAUUUCCGCAUCGAGAGCCUUGACAUCCGCUUUGUGAAGUACGCCAUCGAUAGCAACAUCCUGAGCCAGCUCUGGGAGAAGGACCAGCUGAACAUUGCCAAGACAACCUGGCCUGUCCUCAGCGGCUUUCAGGAGGGACCCCUGAACUUCCCACCCACCUUCAAGUUCGACGUGGGCACCAACAAGUACGACAGCAGUGCCAAGAAGCGAAAACCUGCCUGGACUGACCGCAUCCUCUGGAAGAUCAAAUCUCCCAAUGUUGGGCUUGGUGCAGGCGGGCGCCGGCCCAGCCGGGGUGUCCUGUCAGUGAGCCAACUCUGCUACUGCAGCCACAUGGAGUACACGGUCAGUGACCACAAGCCAGUAGCUGCCAUCUUUGCAGUGCAGUUUGCUUCCAAGGCAGACAAGCCCCCGGUUGAGAUUUACGUGGCUGACGAAUGGAGCAGGCCUGAGCAAGCAGUUGUCAGGUACAGGAUGGCUGCUGGCUUCCACCGGAGCUCCUGGGACUGGAUAGGACUCUACCGGGUGGGCUUUCGGCACCCUAAAGACUAUGUGUCCUAUGUCUGGGCCAGGAGUGAUGAUGGCGAGCGCUGCCUAGAGAAGCAACUGUGUGCGCAGGUGAUGUUCUCAGAGGAGGCGCUGCCCAAGGGGAAGGGCGAGUACAUCCUUGGAUACUACAGCAACACCUCCAGCAGCAUCGCUGGCGUGACUGAGCCCUUCCAGAUCUCCCUGCCCAGGUCGGAGGAGGGCAGCAGCCCCACAGACAGCUCAGGCAGCAGCUCAGAAGAGGAGGAUGACAGCACGCUUGUCCUGCUGGCCCCCAAGUCCCGGAGCCCCAGCCCGGGCAAGAUGAAACGGCACCGGAGCCGAAGCCCCAGCCUGGCCAAGUUUCAGGGCCUCAUCCUGCGGCCGUCGAGCCGGGACAGGGGUACGAGCCGCAGCCCUUCACCCCAGAGCCGCCGAGGCCUCCCCGGGGACAUCCCCACCAUCCACCUGCCCCAGGAGGAGCCGGGGCGCCGUGGAGCCAAAACCAAGGAGCCAGGGCGGGCAGCUGACAGCCACGAGGGCAGCUCCUUCUACCAGACUGUGCGGGAGCAGGGUGGCCCCCGGCGUGUCUCUGCUGACAACCCCCUGGCCAGGGCUGACCCCAGGAACCUGGGCCUGCUGCCUGCGCUCCGUCUGGAGAUGAUUGACCAGGCCAUGGGCCGGUGGAGGGAAAGCGUAGACCAGGGCUACCCUUGCCGGAGGAUGAGCCCCACCAGCCCCCCAGGCUGCAGCACCUCCCCAAAGGAGGGGAGCAGCCCCCAGGAGCUGGACAGCCAUAGCUGUGCCAUGGGCCGCUGA